AUGUCGGGAAGAAACUUACCUCUCGCCAUCAUCAUUUCAAUCCCAAUCGUGACGGCUGUAUAUGUGAUGACGAACGUUGCCUAUUUCUCGGUCAUGUCACCUCAAGAAGUGCUAAUGUCUAAAGCAGUCGCAGUGACAUUCGGUUACAAGGUGUUAGGAUCAGCGGCAUUUCUAAUCCCAGUAGGCGUUGCUCUGUCAGUAUUUGGUACGGCCAAUGGCGGAUUUUUACUCGGUUCAAGAUUGAAUUUCGUAGCAGCCCGGGACGGCCACCUGCCCGCGCUUCUUGCGAUGAUCCACAUAGAACGCAAGACACCCAUACCGUCUUUGUUAUUAUCGUGCAUGAUUGCAAUUUGCUAUUUGUUUGUAAAUGACUUCGACCAGCUCUUGACUUACUUUAGUUUCGUCACGUGGGGAUCGACGGCUGUUACGAUUAGUGGAUUGUUAAAUCUACGUAGGACGAAGCCCGAUUUGCAUAGACCACUAAAAGUAAAUAUAAUUUUGGUAAUUUGGUUCUUGGUGGUGUGUUGUUGCUUGGUUAUCCUGGGAGCAGUGGCUAAACCAGUGGAAACCAUUAUUGGAAUAUGCCUCACCUUUACGGCGAUUCCAGUCUAUCUGAUCGCCUUCAGAUGGAAAACCAGACCACAAUCGUUCCAAAGCUCAAUCCAUAAAAUCACAUGUUUCUUACAAAAGCUGUUCCUUGUUGUGAAGCCAGAAGAGAGAAUCUGUCAUUGAUGGUAACGCGUUUCGUAAUCCUUAAAGACGCUAUGUCCACUCGUUAAACUUGAUAGUUGGUGGUGAGAUCAUUGCUAAGCAAAUCAAAUCACCUCCUGAAAAUUAGGAUGAUGCCUUGAGAAAUCCAAAGUUAUUUACCGUAUCUGUGCUAGCCUGGAUUCGAGACUAAAACUGCACUUUGGGGACAGAAAUUUGUGAAGAUAAUUGAAUAACUGCUUGCAUACUGGUAGUUCCAAAACUUAAUUUUCUAGAAAGUCCCUUUGUGACUGUACUUAUCUCAUUGCGUUUUAGUUUGCUUUAUGCAGGCCUAUGUAUUAUUUUAUUUGGUUUGUAACGCAAUAUGUUCAUAAAUAUGUUAUAAGCUAAUUAUGAAAAUCUACCUACGUUAUUCUCUAUGGUUAUACUUAAACUGCGAUAUAAUCACAUUUUUGGUACUACGGUAUUUGAAGGCUUAUAAACUCCUUCGUUCUGUAUUGGACUUUUGCGGGUUAAGACUCAUGACCCAUUAAUAUAAAAGGUCAUACCGUAAAUUCAGAAUAUACUGUAGGCCUACUGUAGAUCUAUGUAUUGAAAUUAAUAUGAAAUAGGGUUGUGUAAACCAAGCAGAUUACUGGACCAAUUGCAUAUUAUAGGUUUAGUAAAUGACCCGGCCAUAACUACAGCUAGAUUGCGUUGUUUGAUUUGCUCCAUAGGAAUUAUUAAGUACCGGUAAUUUAGCAUAGUAUUAAUAUCUGCAUAGGGCUAUAUACACUAACAAACAACUAAAGAUAUCCCUAAAGUUUCUACAAUCGUCAUGAAACCUUAGCCAUUCUGGAAGGGAGAUAAGUCUACGAAAAAACAAAUCUCAUUUUGACAAACAAUAAAUUGACACAAAAGAGCACAAUCGACAAUCAGGUAAAAUAUUCUAUUAAAUCAAAAUGCCAAACACAUCGAAAAUAUAACAUCUUUGGUAUCUUAUAGUAUCGGUUACACAGUCAGGUUAUAUAAGUAUUGUCUAUAGUUUUAGAUUCGACGCCAUAUUUAUUAUUUCGGAGGUAUAAACUAAUUCAUCGGAAGUAUAGCCAGUUCUGAGUUUAUUUUAAAACCAUACAAUUAACGUCAACUAUAUUACUGUAUUAUUAUUUUUUUCUGCUUGAAUUAUUCACAUUGCGAUAAAUGUGCGUUACUAUAUAGAAUUGCAACUUAAGCCUAUUGCGGCUACGUUUAUAUCAGUGUUGUAAAUUGUUAUAAAUAAAAACAUAUAUAGGCCUAAUGUUAGUGAGCACAAACAUAUACCGUACCUUAUAAAUUAUGAAGUUUUCUGUAUAUAACGCUGUUUCUUUCUACUUUCGGGCUCAAAACCAUAAUUUGUGCAAAAUUUAAAAGGCUAUGACUUAUUAUGAUAGUAAAAUGUUUUAGACAAUAUGUAUAGAUAUAAAAAAAAAUUACUAAUCAAUGUUAUGUAGGCUUUUAGGCUUGUGUAUUUCGUAAUGCAGGCAGUUGUGAAUUUUGGCACAAUCCCACAAAUAUAGAAUGUAUACUCUACCUCAUGAGUAACAUUUGAA